AUGAUUCAACCUCAAACUCAUUUGAAUGUAGCUGAUAACAGCGGAGCACGCGAACUGAUGUGUAUUCGAAUCCUAGGAGCAAGUAAUCGACGAUAUGCUUAUAUUGGUGACAUUGUUGUUGCUGUAAUAAAAGAAGCAGUACCAAAUACGAACUUAGAAAGAUCAGAAGUGAUCAGAGCUGUAAUUGUACGUACUUGUAAAGAACUCAAACGUAGCAACGGUAUAAUAAUUCAGUAUGAUGAUAAUGCUGCAGUUGUCAUUGAUCAAGAAGGAAAUCCAAAAGGAACUCGAAUCUUUUGUGCAAUCGCCCGGGAAUUGAGACAAUUAAAUUUCACUAAAAUAGUUUCAUUAGCACCCGAGGUAUUAUAA